GGUGACGAUCACGUGAUCACAUGACACAGUAUUGCAGUUUCAUAGGCAUUGCAUUGCCUUUCGUUCAUUCAUUGAAAUGAGUGUCAGAUUGUUGUGAACGUAACGUUCGCUUUGAUUGCCAUUUGAAUCCAUUGCUAACCAUUGGAUUCAUUAGUAUAACCACUGAUUCUUGAGGUAAGAGUACAUCCGUUCAGACCACUAGUCAAUAGCCUGUCAACUGAUCCACGCAUUCACCACUCAAUUGACGAAAAGUAACUGUUUUUGUGUUUAUAAAUAUCCAUUGAUUUGAUUGACGAUUAAAGCGAUGGUCAGAGGAAAAGCAGCGAAGAGGCCGUCGACCAAAGACAAGGACAACGCGAUGGACGAGGAAUUCAUGGAACAGUUCGACAGAACCAUUGCCGGCAUCUUCGCCGAGAAGAAGACACCGAUGACUCAGGACGAGUACAUGUCGUGCUAUAGUCUCAUCCAUAACAAGUGCACAAACAUGAGGUCCGACUCGAAUGGUGUCCACAAAAGUACACAAAACAAUAACCCGAACAUCAAAGAAGUGAUUUAUAAGAAGAUCCAGAAGUUCUUCAAGACUCACAUCGAAGGCCUGCGACAGUCAAACACCGAACGCCAUAUCUCUGAGAUCCAGGUGUUGGCCAAACUCGAGUGGAAGGACAGCCUAUUGCACGACUUCGGGCGCAAAGUUUGUAAGUCAGUCCUCAAACUCAUCGAAAAGGACAGAAACGGUGAACAUAUUAACACUCGACUCGUGAGUGGUGUUGUCGACUGUUUCGUGGAAUUAAGUCAAAUCAACCGCGAAGUCGAUGAGGACACCAACAGAGUCUUCGAGGAGUCCUUUCAGAUCCCAUUCAUUCAACAGACCCUCGAGUUCUAUACCAACGAAAGUAACACUUUCUUAGAGCAGAACUCGUUCACAGACUAUAUGUUUAAGUGUUCGGUGCGUCUGGAGGAGGAACGGGAUCGCGUCAAACGCUACCUAAAUGAGCGCCUGUUGACGCCGACCAUCGAAACGGUGGAAAACGCGCUCAUUGUCCAGAAAAUCGAUAAAUUCAUCGAAGAGUUUCAGAAGUUAUUAGUCGGCGAUAACAUCGACAAACUGGCCGUCCUCUACAAACUGGUGAUACGAGUGGACAAAGCGAUCGUACAGUUGUGUCAGUUCUUUAAAGACCACAUCAUUAAAGACGGCAAAGAGGCCGUCGAGAAGAUCGCCGACAAGGCGUCUGACGACCCGAUCCUAUUCGUCGAAACCAUUUGGAGUGUUUACGAUAAGUACAGGAAUUUGUUGGAAAAGGCGCUCCAAUCGGACGCUCAGUUCUUCAAGUCAUUGGACGCGGCUUCCAUGGAUUUUGUGAACAUAAACAAAGUGACCGAAGCGUCGCCCAUAAUGUCUAAGAAAACGCCGGAACUGUUGGCGAAAUACUGUGAUGUGUUGCUGAAGAACAAAGCGAAGCAAAUGGAAAUCAAUGAAUUGGAGACCAAACUGACGCAAGCGGUGACCAUCUUUAGGUUCAUCACCGAUAAGGACGUCUACAACAACUUCUACCUGAGAUUAAUGACUCAGAGACUGCUUCAGGACACGUCGGCCAGCGCUGACGCUGAGCUCCUUGUGAUAAGUAAACUGAAGGAAGCGUGUGGUGUGGAGUACACGAGUAAACUUCAGCGCGUCUUUCAUGACGUCCAACUCAGCGAAGAACUCAACAAACAGUUCACGAGUGCCGUCCGACUGGACAUCGACCUGUCCGUGAAGGUGAUCAGUGGUGCGGCGGCGCCCUGGGGUACUGUCAACUACGACUUCAGUCUCCCUCAAGAGUUGGCAUCGGGUGUGCAGAGCUAUACCGCGUUCUACAUAACCAAACAUCAGGGUAGGAAACUGACCUGGGCGUACCCGAGGUCCAGGGGCGACGUUAUCUAUCGGUGCAGCGGAAAGGUGUACACAUUCAACACCAGUGUAUUCCAGAUGGCGAUUAUGCUUUUGUUCAAUUCCACGGAUCAGUUGCGGAUCCAAGACAUUGUCGACAGCACUGAUAUUAAAAUAGAGAUUUUGGUUCAGAUUAUGAAGAUCUUCCUGAAGACCAAACUAUUCACGAGUGCCACACAUGAGGACAGUCUCAUCGAUGAGAGUGUCAUUAAACUGAACACACAGUAUAGGAAUAAGAAGUUGCGAAUCAACAUCAAUAUGCCCAUCAAAGCUGAUGCCAAGGAAGACGAUGAUAGGGCGCACCGGGAGAUCGACGAGUCCCGCAAAUAUGUGAUUGAGGCCGCCAUCGUUCGCAUAAUGAAAACUAGAAAAACACUCAAACAUCAGGAACUAGUGGGCGAAGUACUGAACCACAUCGGCGCCAAAUUUGCCCCAACAGUCCCAAUGAUUAAGGUAUGCAACCAUCGAAAAGGAAUCGAAGAACUCAUUUCGCGUGAGUACUUAGAAAGAGACACCAAUCAGAGGGAUGUCCUCAACUAUUUAGCGUAA